GAAAUAAUGCAUUAAAUAUAUUAUGGUAUUUUAAGAACUGUUGGUUUUGCAGGUAGAUUUGAGGCACAUGGACGAAAAAGCUGGAAGCAAUAUCGUAGACGUUGGAGUAGAUUUAUCCGAAUUUUACAUGUCAGUCGAAUGGGAUAUUUUAGAAGUACCAGCAGUGAGGAAUGAAAAGUUUUACACGUGCUGCGACGAACCCUAUUUGGAUAUCACCUUCAACAUUACAAUGAGGAGGAAAACGUUAUUUUAUACAGUUAACAUAAUCAUACCGUGCAUGGGAAUCUCGUUUCUGACAGUGCUGACUUUCUACUUACCUUCAGACAGUGGGGAAAAA